UCACACUUUGCUGCCUUCGUUGUAAUCUGCUAAAAAAUGGACCGCGGCAAAGGCAGCGGAUCGAAUAGAUCCCAAAAGAAGGUUCCGCUGGGCGGAGAACUCUUUGCCCUCGGAACCAAAAGCGUUCGCGAUGACUCCAAAUCCAAGAUCAUGCCCAUCAAGGCCAUAUCUUCGUCGGACAGAAAGCGGGAAGCCUCAUCCUCGUUGGCCAGCUCAAGCAAGCGAUUCCGGGGCAACAUGAAGGAUGCGGGCACCACGGACAUGUCAAGCAGCAGCCAGUGCGAGACCUGGGAACAGUUCGCCAUCGACUGCGAUCUGGAAAGCGUUAUCGAAACUAUAUACGCGGCCCUGGAGCAGAAUGAUAGCGAAACUGUGGGCCGGCUGGUCUGUGGCGUUAUAAAACAGACUACGACGAGCUCAUCGCGCUCGAAGGUGGACAAUAUAGUCCUGCUGGCCCUAAUCUAUGUGGCAAAGCUGCAGCCGGCUAUAUUCUGCACGGAUAUCGUGGCCUGCGCGCUCUUGUCCUUUCUCCGACGAGAAGCCAAUGUAAAAAUGAGGUACAACACUAACCUGCACAUCCUGUUUGCCAACCUGCUGACCAGGGGCUUUGUGGACAUAUCGCAGUGGCCGGAGAUACUCCUACGCGCCUAUAUAGACGAUGCGGUCAACGAGCGUUAUUGGGCGGAUAACGAAUUGUGUGCUCCGUUGGUAAAAAACAUAUGCGCCGCUUUCAAGACCCGCACUCCACACAUAAGUCUGCUCCGGUGGGAUGUGAGCACGGCUCUUCCCACAGGACAGGCGCACAGGGAUAGCAUGACCGUGGACGACGAUUCCGGGGACAAUUCCACACAAAGCCUCGAUGCCAGUCCGCUGAAUGCUGAAUCGGAGCCUAUUUCUGAUGCCAUGUGCGCUGUUAAACCCAGAUACAACGAUGCCGUAGUGCAGAAGCAUGUUAGCGAUGCUAUUCGCGAUCAACUCAACAAGCGCCAGCAGCAGGAUAACUACACUAGGAACUUUUUGAAGUUCCUCUGCACCACUUCCGGAAUUCCAGAGGUUCGAUGUCUGAGCAUCUCGCGACUGGAGCUGUGGAUUCACAACGGAAAACUAGUUAAGUUCGCCCAGCAAUUGCUCUCAUACAUUUGUUUCAACAUUAAGGGACGCAACACUCAGGACAACGAGGUGCUCUUGGUUCUGGUGAAGAUGCGGCUUAAAACAAAACCGCUGAUAAAUCACUAUAUGUCGUGCCUCAAGGAGAUGAUAUAUCUGCAGCCGGACAUACUGAGCACUGUGAUGAAACUAGUCGUGCAAAAUGAGCUGUCUAACACCAGGAACCCGAACAAUAUGGGAAUGCUUGCUACCAUGUUUCAAACGUCUUCUGAUCAAUCUGCUGCAAAUCUGGCUGAAAUUUACCAGGAGUUUUUGCUUCAACGGGAUGACUGCCUCCGGACAUUGCGUGUCUUUUUGAGAGAACUUGUGCGAAUGCUGCGCUUUGAUGUAAACCUGGUCAAGUUUUGCAAGACAUUUCUGAGCGAGCGCGAGGACCUCACACCGCAAAUCGAAAUGUUCGAGUUUAAGGAGAGAAUUUUCCACUCCAUGGUGGACAUUGUGUGCCUCUGCAUGUUUCUGUCGGCCACGCCGCAGGCUAGGGAAGCCAGUUUGUCUCUAAAAACGAAUCGGGAUACGAAGAACAACCACGCGCUGCUUAAGCUAUACAAUCAGAUGUCGCAGAUUCAACUGGACACUGUGUCUUGGAUGUACGAAACAGUGCCUACUGUCUUCAAGAUUCCGGCCGCCGAAUAUCACCAGGCACUGCAUAAGCUUCUGCUGCUGGACAGCCCGGAGCAGUAUUCGCGUUGCGAUCAGUGGCCUUCAGAGCCGGAGCGAGGAGCCAUCCUCAGGAUCAUUUCCGAGACGCCGAUUCACGAGGAGACCCUGCUGCGCAUCAUAUUGAUUGGCAUCACCAAGGAUAUUCCUUUCUCCAUCGCGAACACCUUCGAUGUCCUGUUGCUGGUCAUUAAGCGAGUUUCUGGGAUGAAGGCCACCAAUAUACCGGCAGUGCAGGCCAACAAAUUUGACAUUAUUGACUUUCUGUUUAGCAUGUCUGAGUACCAUCAUCCGGAGAAUAUUCGGCUGCCCUCAGAUUAUGAGCCCCCAAAGCUUGCCAUCAUUGCGUUUUACUGGAAGGCCUGGCUCAUUUUGCUUAUGAUAUCCGCGCACAAUCCAUCCUCUUUUGGAGCCUUUUGCUGGGACCACUAUCCCACAAUGAAGAUGAUGAUGGAAAUAUGCAUUACCAAUCAGUUUAACAAUUCGACAGCCAACAAGGAUGAGUUGCAGAUAAUCACAGUGGAAAGAGACCACAUUUUACAGUUCGAAACGUACUUGGCUGCCCAAACAUCGCCGCAUGCAGUUAUCACCGAGGAGACGGCGAUCCUGAUUACCCAGCUCAUGCUAAUGGACCCCAUGGGCACGCCGCGCAAGGUGCCGUCCAUGGUUUUGGACCAGCUUAAGUUCCUAAACCAGACUUAUAAGCUCGGUCACUUGUUUUGUCGCUGCCGCAAACCGGACUUGCUGUUGGACAUAAUCCAAAGGCAGGGCACUACGCAAUCUAUGCCCUGGCUUUCGGACUUGGUUCAGAACAGCGAGGGCGACUUCAGCCACCUCCCUGUGCAGUGCCUUUGUGAGUUCCUGCUCUUCAAUGCGCAUAUCAUAAACGAGGAAAACAGUCGCGAUGCUGAGCUGGUUAACUUUCUGCGAAAUUUGAUAUUUGAUGGGAAUCUAAGCCACCAAAUCGUUUGCGAGCUGUUGGACUACAUAUUCAGGCGCUUAUCCUCCACGGUCAAACAAUCGCGAGUAGCUGCUCUCUCGGGCCUGAAGAUAAUUUUCAGGCACUCGGGGGACUUUGAAAACGAGUGGCUAUUGAAGUCGAUCCAACAAAUUCCCCACUUCUUUGAGGUUAAACCCUUCAUUAUUCCCCAGUUGCGGGCUGCAUGCCAAGUGGAAAACUGUCCGGAAUUGAUUAUGGCUUAUAUCCAGUUCAUAACGGCGCAUACGCUGAACGAUCCGGUGAAUGAAAUGCUGGAUCACGUGAUCGAUAUGGCGCAACUGAUUGUGGAGCGCAGCACAAUGUUCCAGCACAUUAUAAUUUCUCAGGAGGAUUAUGACUAUGUGCCCGACGAGAACCGCAUUCAAACACUAAAAUGCCUCUUUGUAAUGUUUAAUAACUAUAUUAUUAAGCUGAGGGAGUACCAUGAGCCGUACGAAUGGACCGAAUACCCGGAUUUGCUGAUGGUCCAGUUUGACGACGGAGUGCAGUUGCCCCUACACAUAAACAUCAUUCACGCCUUCAUUAUCCUGCUCACGUAUUCGAACAGCAACAUGCCGGAGUCUAUCCCAAUUUUGGACUAUUGGUUCCCGCCCGGACGACCGGCGCCUGUGGCCUUUUUGCCUAGCAUGCCGCAAGAACAGGUGCAACUGCUGCCCGACUGGCUGAAACUAAAGAUGAUCCGCUCCUCCGUGGACAGACUAAUUGAGGCCGCGCUGAACGACUUGACGCCUGAUCAGAUUGUGCUAUUUGUCCAAAACUUCGGCACCCCUGUCAACUCGAUGUCCAAGUUGCUGGCCAUGCUGGAUACCGCUGUGCUGGAGCAGUUCGAUCUAGUGAAGAAUGCCAUUCUCAACAAGGCGUAUCUGGCUCAGCUUAUUGAGAUUCAGCAGGCACGGGGCGCAAAGAAUGGACACUACACCGUCCAGGCGCUUGACCUGCAUUCCCACUCGCAAACUGUACCGGAUCUGCCCAAAAUCAGUGUGGUGAUCCAGGAGACCGUGGAAAUAGGUGACUACGAUUCCUCUGAGACUACUAGUAGUCACAGCGAUUUUAUGGCAACCAAAGAGGUGACCCAAACCAUUCUCACGCAGCCUGAUCACUUGACCGUAACAAGAAGUGAUUGUCGAUCCUUGAUUCAAAAACUGUUGGACAUGCUGGUCAACCCGAGUAGCAAUCGAAACGAUCUGGUCUCCGCCAUAACCGAAGUGAUGGCCAUGGGUUGCGAUGUUAUUAUGAGUCGACAUGCAUGCACUUUUUUGAGAACCUUCUUCAGUUGCAUGCUGCACAGCGAUAAUUACCACAUGCUAGAGAACACUCUGCAAAAGAACUUCAGUAUUUUUAAGCACAAUUUCACCGAUUCCAGCCUGCUACAGAAAACGGAGUUAUAUCACGAGAGCCUAGUGUUUAUGCUGAGGAAUUCCCGGGAGAUAUAUGAACAGCAGUUUACGGCGAAUACCGCCUUGUUAGCGAGAAAGCAGAUCGUUAAGGGCAUCAUCGAAAGCUUCGAUCAAUCCAAAGACUGUAAGACUGUCGCGAAAAGCAAGAGCGAUCAGCUUUUCCACAACGGACUCUUCAUCGACUGGCUGUCCGAAGUGGAUCCCGAAAUCGUUUCCACUCAGCUAAUGAAGGAGCGCUUCCUGUUUUCAAAGUCCUGCAGCGAGUUUAGGUUCUACCUGCUGUCCUUAAUCAAUCACCAAACCAACUGGGACACUAUCGAAAGAAUUGCAGAGUAUUUGUUCAGGGAAUUCCGUGGAGACUACGACUACGCCACGGUUCUUAACUAUUUCGAGGCGCUGACCACAAAUCCAAAGCUUUGGAAGGGUCGCGAGAAGUACAUGUCUAAGAACGUACGGCCGGAUGCCUUCUUCCUGCUAAAGACCUCCGAACUGGAACCAUUUGCCCACUUUAUUCUGCACGAGGGACUUUCCGAGAUAAAGGUGGACAGCAGAAACUACGAUUUUAAGCUCUGUUCGCGAAUGAACUUGCUGUUCAAGCUGACAGAGAAGCGAAGAGACCUUAUGGUCAAGGUGAUGGAACACGUGGAGAACAGUGCGGUGUCGGACUACUUAAAAUUGCAAGUCGUGCAACAGAUGUACAUAAUGUACCCACGCGUAAAGUUCCUGAAGCCGAGCAAAACUGGCGAACAGGCCUACAAGCUGCAAAGUUUAAAGGGCUGUCAGGCUGACAAAGUAUCCAAUAAUCUGAUCACCUGCUUGGGAAGUCUGGUGGGCAAGAAGGACUUUGAAACCCUAUCCACGGACACGGAGUUACUUCUGCGCAAGCUGGCUGCCUCUCAUCCGCUACUUUUCCUACGCCAGUUGAGCGUUCUGUCCUCUAUUAUGCAGGGUCGGGCGCAAAUCAGUAUGAAGGCUUUGCGGGAGGAGCACCACUUCCAUCGAUUCGUCCAGAUUCUAAGGACGCUGGAGCUGCUGCAACCGACAAUCUUCGAGGACGCGUACAAGAACGAAAUCCAGAAUACACUGUCGUGUUACUUCAAUUUCUUUAAGCACCACAGCUCAGUGAAGGAGGCCUGCCAGAUGCUAAAUAAGUUUGUGCAGAUGCUGCAGGCCUACAUCAACUACAAUCCCUCAAGUGCCCUUCUCUUCAUUGAGCAGUACGUGGGUAUCCUCAAGGAGCUGGCUGCCAAGUACACUUCGCUGGCCAAACUGCAGGUUCUGGUCCAGGCAGUUGCCCUUCUGCAGCACAAGUCGCACUCGGCCUCCGAGCUGGACGACGAGGAGGUGAAGUAUGAGUACGACCUGGACGAGCACGUGGAUGUGAAGCCAUCGGCCAGCAAGCCCGUAGUCAGUGAAGAGGCCAUCGAGGUAAAUCCGCCAACACCCAUCGAUGUGGGCGGCAGCAGGGGCUCUUCGGCGGUUCUUACCUUGGGCUCCUACAGCAGAUCGAACUACACGGACAUUUCGCCGCACUUCCUCGAUCUGAUCAAGAUCAUUAAGCAGGCAAACACAGAGGAUGUGGUUCUGGGUCCAAUGCAGGAGCUGGAGUGCUUGACAUCCAAGCGGUUUGUGUUUAUCAACGAGCUGUUCGAGCGUCUGCUCAAUCUGAUAUUCUCGCCAAGUGCUCAGAUCAGAUCCAUUGCCUUCAUCAUCCUGAUCAGACACCUCAAGCACAAUCCCGGCAACUCGGACAUCAAUCUGUGCACCCUGAACGCCUACAUUCAGUGCCUCCGGGACGAGAACUCCUCGGUGGCAGCGACGGCCAUCGAUAAUCUGCCAGAGAUGUCGGUGCUGUUGCAGGAACACGCAAUUGACAUCUUGACGGUGGCCUUUUCGCUGGGCUUGAAAUCGUGCCUGAAUACUGGCCACCAGAUUCGAAAGGUUCUUCAGACAUUAGUGAUCCAGCAUGGCUAUUAGAUGUUCAGUUUAUAAGUUAGACUUCUCAUCUUAAGUAUAUUGUAUUUUUAACUCUAAUAAAAUGUAUCCAAGGGUACAAUAUUUUUACCACA